UGUUUUCUCAGCUCUCUGCUCUAUUUGUUAUCCGUACAUAGACAAAAAAAGACUCAAUGAGGGCGUUUACUUUUGGUGCAGUGCUUCUUACCCUAGCCGUCCUCGCUAGCCAGGAACCUAUUGAAAGACGAGAUUUUACAGGUAGCCUUUUAGAUACAGAUACGGCAAAACCAAAACGUGAAAAAAUUGGUAUUAAAGCUGAAUUGGCCGAACUUAAUGAAUAUUUGGAAGAUGUCCCAAUUCAGAACAUGCAGGCAGUAAAACAUCUCGUAAAAUUACUUAAAUCGAUUGACGAGGCAGCUCAGCAACUUGAUUGUAAUAUAUACGAAGAGAUCGCAGAGCCAAAACUUCCUGAAAAGUUAGAAUUACCUCAGACAAAAAGCAGUGACGUUGAGGCUGAUACAGAAAAUCAAAAAAAUGCUGCACAGCAACACUUUUCUGACAAUGAGGAAGCGUCACGACGUUCCUUUGAUAGUAACCGUUUAUUUAUACCGCCUAUUGAGAACAGUAAUACACAAAGUCCAUGGUGUUCGGUGGCCAUGUCAUGUCGGAAAACUAUGAAUUCUAUUUGUGGGUACGAGGAUAAUUUUGGUUAUGGUAAAUUUGACGAUAUGUGCCAUAUGUUACAAGUUAACUGCUAUUUUAAGUACAAUUUUGCACUUGUGCCGUCAUGCAAACCAUUUUUGUAAAUCUGCCACUGAUAAAGUACGAAGUAGACAGAGCAAAAUUUGUUUUUAUAUUUUAACUAAAAUUUCAUUGUAAUGAUUUUUAGUACACAUUACUUUGAAUAAAUAAAA